GCGGCGGCGUGUCGGGCGGCAGUAGCGCGCCAUGUCGGACGCCGAGGGGGGCGCGCCGGCCGCGGGCGCUCCGGAGGGGGCGCCGGCGCAGGACCUGUACCGCGAGAAGCCCGCGUCCAAGGUGGUGCGCAUCAUGACGGUCAUGGCGUACCUGACGUCGGUGUCGUUCGCGGCGAUCCUCCUGUCGAUCUACUACAUCUGCAUCUGGAAGUCCCCGGAGGCGCCUAAGGGGGACGACCCGGGGUACCUGCUGGCGCGGCAGGGCACGCACCGGGACUACGAGCCCGCCUACUACUCCGCGGACCUCCCAGCUAACUUGACAGGACGAGGCGAUACCACAGUGAGCGGGAGCAGCCAGAACAGCACAGAGUCAACGCCGAAAGCCUUCAACUACACAUCCACACAAAGCACAGACACAUCCGCGUCCACGAUAGCUCUGGACGCGUCCGUGCCCACGUCCAUUUCGGACACGUCCACACCUACGCUCACCCCGGACACGUCCGCACAGACUUUCACUCCGGACGUGUCCGCACCCUCGCUCACCCCGGACACGUCCGCAUCGCCCGCCAACCUCACCGUCGACACAUGAUAUACACUCAUGGAGGAUAUUCGACAUGUUCACCAGGUAUCCGUCUUAUUGUGAUAGACGUCUGACCGUCGUACAAGUCUGAUGUAAACACCAAAUAUUUAUUGUACAAGUGAGUUUCCGAAGCGCCUAACUGUAGUAGAAAUGUGUAGGGGAGUAUUGGGCCUGCCCGUACACAGAUUUUCUUGAUGUAGAAGAUGGUACAACCAUCGAGCUCAUCUCUCUCAUAUAUAAUCGAUUUUGUGAUCCGGGCGAUACGUUACAUUGAGUAGUUUUGAGGUAAUUACCAGAACAUUUCAUGUUUCAGUUAACAUUCAUCGCAAGCGCCACACUUAGCGAUGCGUAAUGUCGAGUGCCAUACAUUUUGACAUCAGCUUCGCUAUUAAAACUGAACGCAUUCUGAGUUCUGACUAAGCACUCAGUUAAUAGUUAAAUAAAAUUGAAAUUAAAACCUCUAUGCGGGCAGACCCUCGUGUCAUUAGACGGAGCCUCUGAUCUCAUAGUAUAGAUCGUUAGGUUUAGAAAGGGCAUAAUUACUAGAUGUAAUUACGAUACACUUUCGUCGCUGUGUCGUGUUCGAGAGGUGAUCGCUCUUUAUGUAGAAUUAAACAUAUUUAAAGUUACUUUAAGUAGACACAUAAGAAGCAGUCUGGCAACGAACUUAACAGGUUAAUCUAGAAUGAAAUGAGAUCUAUUCGAGUCGUUAUAGUUUGAAAUUCGCGAUGGUCGAAGCAGGCGCCAGAGAAAAG